UAGGUUCGAGUCGAGUCGAGUCACAGCAUUGUUCUAAAAUACCAUCCGUACCACCGAUACCGAUCUUCUUUUCCUUUCCUUUCCUUUCCUUUAGCCCCAAAUUUCCAAACCCUUUUUUCAAUUCAAUCGAUCGCACUCAACGAUAAUCCGCGCCGGGAUGGAACACGCGGACGAUGGCUCCGGCGAGCACCACGACAAACACGAAGACGACGCCAAGCACGAUGAUGAAGAAGCUGUUGCCCGACUUGAGGAAUUUAAGAAAUCCAUUGAAGCAAAGAUGGCACUGCGUCAGAGUAAUUUGAACCCUGAGAGGCCUGAUUCUGGGUUUCUUAGGACAUUGGACUCUAGCAUCAGGCGCAACACUGCUGUCAUUAAAAAGUUAAAACAGAUCAAUGAAGAGCAGCGCGAAAGUUUAAUGGAUGAGCUGCGCAGUGUCAAUUUAAGCAAGUUUGUCAGCGAAGCAGUGACUGCCAUCUGUGAUGCAAAGCUUAAGUCUGCUGACAUACAACCCGCCGUACAGAUUUGCUCUUUACUUCACCAAAGGUACAAAGAUUUUGCACCCAGUCUCGUUCAAGGUCUCUUGAAAGUUUUUGUACCAGGAAAAUCCACGGAGGAUAUAGAUGCAGACAAGAAUUCAAGGGCCAUGAAGAAGCGAAGUACAUUGAAGCUUCUUCUGGAAAUUUAUUUUGUUGGAGUUGUAGAAGAUUGUGGCAUCUUCACAAAUAUAAUUAAGGAUCUAACUAACAGCGAACAUCUGAAAGAUCGUGAUACAACCCAGACGAAUCUUUCGCUUCUUACUAGUUUUGCUCGACAAGGAAGAUACCUUCUUGGACUUCCGCUAACUGGACAGGAUAUUCUGGAACAGCAGUUCUUCAAGGGCCUUAAUAUUACCGCAGAUCAGAAGAAGUUCUUUAGGAAGGCUUUUCAAGCUUAUUAUGAUGUUGUUGUGGAACUUCUUCAGGCUGAACAUGCUUCACUUCGCCAAAUGGAGCAUGAGAAUGCGAAGAUAUUGAAUGCUAAAGGUGAACUGAGUGAAGAAAAUGCCUCUUCGUAUGAAAAACUGCGGAAAUCCUAUGACCUUCUUAGUCGCAGCAUCUCUUCUUUUGCGGAAGCACUUGAUAUGCAACCUCCUGUGAUGCCCGAGGAUGGUCAUACAACCAGAGUAACAUCAGGGGAGGAAUCUUCAUCUCCUGUUGCUAGCAAAGAAUCUUCUUCUGUUGAACCCCUGUGGGAUGAUGAAGAUACUAAAGCUUUCUAUGAAAACCUUCCAGACCUGAGAGCAUUUGUUCCUGCUGUGCUGCUGGGAGAGGCAGAUCCAAAGUCGAGUGAGCAAUCUUCGAAAUCACAGGAAUCAUCAACUGAUGCUGCACCUGAUGCAGACAAAGUUCAUAUAUCAAUACAAGAAAAUCCUGAAGUUUCUGCUGAUUCUGGGAUUGCAAUGGAGGAUAAGGAUUGCAAAGAUAAAGAAGAAAAAGACAAGGAGAAAGGAAAAGAGAAGGAUACUGAAAGAAAAGGCGAAAGUGAAAAGGAUAAAACUAAAGGCGUUGAUGGAACACAUCUUGAAGCUUUGCUGCACAGGCUUCCGAGUUGUGUAAACCGCGACCUGAUUGACCAGUUGACUGUUGAGUUCUGCUAUUUGAACUCAAAGUCCAGUCGGAAAAAGCUCAUGAGGGCUUUGUUUAAUGUUCCAAGGACAUCACUGGAGUUGCUGCCACACUACUCGCGCAUGGUUGCUACACUGUCAACUUGCAUGAAGGAUGUUUCGACAAUGCUCUUACAGUUGUUGGAGGAAGAGUUUAACAAUUUAAUUAAUAAAAAGGAUCAAAUGAAUAUCGAAACAAAAAUCAGGAACAUCAGGUUUAUUGGAGAACUAUGCAAGUUUAAAAUUGCCCCAGCCAGCUUGGUUUUUAGCUGUCUAAAGGCUUGCCUAGAUGAUUUCACUCACCAUAAUAUUGAUGUGGCUUGUAACCUCCUUGAGACAUGUGGUCGCUUUCUCUACCGAUCUCCAGAGACCACUGUCCGCAUGUCAAACAUGUUGGAAAUAUUGAUGCGCUUGAAAAAUGUCAAAAAUUUGGAUCCCCGUCAGAGUACAUUAGUUGAAAAUGCCUACUAUUUGUGCAAACCACCAGAAAGAUCUGCACGAGUCUCCAAAGUUCGGGCCCCUCUGCAUCAGUAUAUCAGAAAACUACUUUUCUCAGAUCUGGACAAAUCUUCCAUCGAGCAAGUGAUGCGACAAUUACGUAAGCUACCUUGGAGUGAAUGUGAGUCAUACCUUCUUAAGUGUUUUUUGAAGGUGCAUAAGGGGAAAUAUGGUCAGAUCCAUUUGAUAGCGUCACUUACUGCUGGAUUGAGUCGCUAUCAUGAUGACUUUGCUGUGGCUGUUGUUGACGAGGUUCUGGAGGAAAUUAGACGUGGUUUGGAACUGAAUGAAUAUGGAAUGCAGCAACAACGGAUUGCAUUCAUGCGCUUCUUGGGGGAACUAUACAACUAUGAACUUAUAGAUUCAUCUGUUAUUUUUGAUACCCUAUAUUUGAUUCUUGCAUUUGGCCACGGAACCUCAGAGCAAGAUACAUUGGAUCCGCCAGAGGACUGUUUCCGAAUCAGAAUGGUUAUCACACUUCUAGAGACCUGUGGACACUAUUUUGAUAGAGGUUCAUCAAAGAGGAAGCUCGAUCGGUUUUUGAUUCAUUUCCAAAGGUAUAUAUUGAGCAAAGGUGUCCUUCCUCUGGAUAUCGAGUUCGAUCUGCAGGACUUAUUCGUCGAGUUGAGGCCGAACAUGACCCGAUAUUCCUCAUUUGAGGAGGUUAGUGCUGCUCUCAUUGAACUCGAAGAGCUCGAGCGCAGAGUCACCACAGAGAAGAUUCACAACGAGAAGUAUUCCGACUCUGAAAAACCUCCGGCCAGGACGAGCUCCGGCGCUGCAAUGGCGAAUGGCAAAAAUCUUGCCAAUGGCAUCGACGAGAACGGCGCAGUGCACGAGGAAGUUGGGGAGACCGACAGUGACUCCGGGAGUGGGACCUUUGAGCACAGCGAGCACGAAGACGAAGAAACAGACGGCGAGAACCAAGACGAGGGUGAAAGCGAAGAUGACUAUGACGACAGAGUCGAUCAGGGCUCUGAUGAAGAUGAGGUUCACGUUCGGCAGAAGGUGGCCGAGGUUGACCCGGUCGAAGAGGCCGAUUUCGAUAGAGAAUUCCGCGCCCUAAUGCAGGAAAGCCUGGAAUCGCGAAAGCUGGAGCUACGCUCGCGCCCGACAAUAAACAUGACGAUACCCAUGAACGUGUUCGAGGGGUCGAACAAGGAGCACCACGGAAGAGGGCUGGAAGGCGACAGCGGGGGGGAGACGACCGACGACGGGAGCGGGGGGAACAAGGAAGUCCGAGUGAAGGUACUGGUGAAGCGCGGCAACAAGCAGCAGACGAAGCAGAUGUACAUUCCUCGGGACUGCUCUCUGGUGCAGAGCACGAAGCAAAAAGAGGCGGCGGAGCUGGAAGAGAAGCAGGACAUAAAGCGGCUGGUGUUGGAAUACAACGACCGGGAAGAGGAGGAGCUGAACGGAGGAGGGAUGCAGCAGCCGCUGAAUCAAGGCGGAGGAAGAGUUGGGAAUCGCGGAGGAAAUAGUUGGGAGGGGGGGCAGCAGAGAUCUUCGCGGCACAGACAGAUUUACCAUUCGGGGGCCGGGAUGUACUACGGAAGGAGACGUUAAGGCUUAAGCCUUAUCGACUACGACUACAGGAGGCAAGUGAUCGAAUCGAUAAUAUUACUAUACUAACCGUUACUGUUGAAGACGAGGAGAGGAGAGGAGAGGAGAUGUUUAUGUUAAUAUUAAUAUGAUUUGGAUUGGGAUUGGUCUACGAAUGAAUAUAUGUAUGUAGUAGCUAACUAGUGUUUAAAGACAACUACUUUGGGUCGAUUCAUUCGUAGACCAUUCAUUUACUCCACUUGUUUGAACUUCCAGGUGCGUUUGGCAUAUAAUAAUUAUUAUUAGUAUUAUCUUUUUUUA